AAAAUAAAAAUAAAAAGUAAUGACUUCUCUGCAUCUCUAAAACCCAAAACCCUAGUUCAAUCCCCGCCAAUCAGAGCUGCUAUCGCCAUUUCAAUGGCUGGUCCGCUAAUUCGCUCUCUCUGGUCAUCCACCAGAGCCUCUCUAUCCUCCUCUCAUCCACCGCCGUCAUCUCUCAAACACUCCUUCUAUGCACGCGCCACCGCUCUCACGCGCGCCUUCUCGGCCGCUCCGGUCGCCUCGGCCUCCACUUCUUCCUCGCCCGAGUUGGAUCCGAGUCGGCUCAGAAACGUGGCGGUGAUAGCUCACGUCGAUCACGGGAAGACUACGCUGAUGGAUCGGUUGUUGCGGCAGUGUGGAGCGGAUAUUCCUCAUGAACGAGCGCUUGAUUCUAUUUCGCUUGAGCGGGAGCGCGGUAUUACUAUCUCCUCUAAGGUUACGUCCAUUUCGUGGAACGAGAAUGAACUAAACAUGGUUGACACACCAGGGCAUGCAGAUUUUGGUGGCGAGGUUGAGCGGGUUGUUGGCAUGGUUGAGGGAGCAAUUUUAGUCGUUGACGCUGGUGAAGGUCCACUUGCACAAACCAAAUUUGUUCUUGCGAAAGCUCUGAAAUAUAAUAUACGUCCUCUUCUUCUGCUGAACAAAGUGGACAAACCUUCAGUUACUGAGGAGAGGUGUGAUGAAGUUACGAGCUUAGUGUUUGACCUUUUUGCAAAUCUAGGGGCUACAGAGGAGCAAUUGGAUUUCCCUGUUCUCUAUGCUUCUGCUAAAGAGGGAUGGGCUUCUUCCACCUUCACUAAGAAACCACCUGAUGAUGAAAAAAAUAUGUUGCAGUUGCUUGAUGCUAUAAUAAGACACGUUCCCCCUCCAUCAGCAAACCUUGAUGCACCAUUUAAAAUGCUGGUUUCCAUGAUGGAGCGAGAUUUCUACCUUGGUCGGAUAUUAACUGGGCGUAUAGAUUCUGGAGUCGUUCGUGUUGGUGACAAAAUACACGGGAUUCGUGGUACAGAUGAUGGGGUGGUAAAAAUUGAGGAAGGGAAGAUAACAAAGCUGAUGAAAAAGAAGGGUACAAGUUUGGUUUUAGUUGAUUUUGCUGGUGCUGGCGAUAUUAUAUCAAUGUCUGGGCUGGGAAGUCCAUCUAUAGGACACACGGUGUCAAGUGUGGAGGUCAUGACUCCAAUGCCCACUGUUGAGCUCGACCCCCCUACCAUAUCAAUGACUUUUGGUGUCAAUGAUUCUCCAUUGGCUGGUAAAGACGGAACUCAUUUGACUGGAGGAAAGAUUGGUGAUAGGCUUUUGGCUGAAGCAGAGACAAAUCUUGCUAUAAAUGUCGUACCAGGUUUAGCAGAGACAUACGAAGUUCAAGGGCGAGGAGAGCUUCAGCUAGGUAUCUUAAUUGAGAACAUGAGGCGUGAAGGGUUUGAGCUCUCAGUCUCGCCUCCUAAAGUCAUGUAUAAAACUGAGAAUAAUGUUAAGUUAGAGCCAAUUGAAGAAGUGACAAUUGAGGUAGAUGAUGAGAAUGUAGGUGUCGUCAUGGAAGCACUCGCUCAUCGGAAAGGAGAAGUUGUUGACAUGGGUGCGGUACCAGGGAAUUUUGGCAGGACUAGAAUGUCUUUGACUUGUCCUUCAAGGGGGUUAGUUGGUUACAGAAGUGUGUUUAGCAGUGCUACACGAGGAACUGGAUUUAUGCACCGAGCCUUUCUGACAUAUGCAAAACAUCGUGGUCCUCUUGGAAAUGUCAGGAAAGGUGUAUUGGUUUCUGUGGGUCGUGGACCUAUAACAGCCUAUGCUUUGCUCAGUUUAGAGCCUCGUGGAACACUCUUUGUAACUCCAGGAAUGGAGACCUAUGAUGGAAUGAUUGUAGGCGAGCAUUCACGAGAUACUGAUCUUGAUGUUAAUCCAGUAAGGAAUAAGGAACUCUCAAAUAUGAGGUCAGCAAAUAAGGAUGAGACAGUGAAGCUAUCUCCUCCUCGCUUGAUGACCCUUGAAGAAGCAAUUGGAUAUGUUGCCUCAGAUGAGCUUAUUGAGGUUACACCCAAAGCUAUUCGGUUAAGAAAGCGAUACCUGGAUGCUAACAAGCGUAAACAGAUGAGACACAGUAGCAAGGAAUGAAUCAGCCGUGAAAUGCCAAUACAGACUUGAGUCUAAAUUUUGUCCUCAGUGUACACUUUUGAAGCCAAGGAGCCAUAGUAAAGAUUAGUUAAUUUAUCCACAAGUGGAAAAUUUACAUGAUUGUUCAAUGCGGUCCAUUGAUAGACAACAAUAGGUGAUAUACCACAAUAGGAAGGAGUAUUCUUUACAAUAAGGAUGAAUGGUAAAGAAAGUUGUAAAAGUCGACAGAUCUAAUAAAUAUAAUUACUGAAGUUGUUACAUAUA